UCAUUCAAACACAUAAACAGAGAGAUUGAUUGCUUACACAGCAACUCAUUCAUUGCAGACAUCCGCAGAAUCAUUGUUUAGAAAAUAAAAAGAACAAUCAUGUCUGAAACCUCUUUCGCUCGACCAAGAUUGGUCACUAAGAAGUUUCUUCCCAAGCAUCAACGCGAGGGUGACGGUGCUGUUGUCCGCAGAUGCAUUGGAAGGAGUGAAUUGAAGACUUUGGAUCCUUUCCUCAUGAUGGAUGAUUUUACAGUGUCUCCUCCGGCUGGAUUUCCUGAUCAUCCUCACAGAGGGUUUGAAACAGUUACAUACAUGUUACAGGGAGGUAUCACUCAUCAAGAUUUUGCAGGGCAUAAAGGUACAAUUCAUACCGGUGAUGUGCAGUGGAUGACAGCAGGAAGAGGAAUAAUCCACUCUGAAAUGCCUGCUGGAGAGGGUGUUCACAAGGGUUUGCAGCUUUGGAUCAAUCUCUCAUCCCAAGACAAAAUGAUUGAACCAAGGUAUCAGGAGCUAUUAAGUAAGGACAUUCCAAGUGCAGAAGAAGAAGGUGUAGAAGUACGAGUGAUCGCCGGGGAAUCGAUGGGAGUCCAAUCUCCUGUCUACACCCGAACCCCGGCGAUGUACUUGGAUUUCAGUUUAAGGCCAAGUACACAAGUUCACCAGCACAUCCCAGAAUCAUGGAAUGCAUUUGCAUACGUAAUUGAAGGUGAAGGAGUGUUUGGGUACCAAAACAAUUCACCCAUACCACCUAACCAUAUGGCAGUUUUGGGUCCAGGGAAUGGUCUAAGUGUGUGGAACAGAUCAUCAAAGCCAUUGAGAUUUGUGCUCAUUGCAGGUCAACCGUUGAAUGAACCAGUGGUUCAGUAUGGUCCUUUUGUGAUGAACACACAAGCUGAGAUUGAUCAAACCAUUGAAGACUAUCACUACAGCAAAAAUGGGUUUGAAAUGGCUAAGCACUGGAGAUCACAUUGAGUGAUGAUACGAUUUGAAAAGCCCUUUACCAACAAUGACAGCAUCCCCAAGGAAUAAAAAAAGGGCACCCCAUAUAUAUAUAUAUGUCAUUCACUAUCUCCAUGAUAGAGAGAGGUGAGAUAGGAGAGCUGAAAAGGAAAGAUUUCCUAUUCAUUGGAGCAAAAAAAAAAAAAGCUUCUAGAAGGUUCAAAGUGCAAGCUGGAGAAGUGUGUGCAUAUAUAGUUCAUCACUAAAAGUCAUCAUGAUGAUUUUAUGGGGUCAUCUUAUCUUUAGUUUAAUUAUAUUUUUCAACUAGAUUUUUAUUAUCUUUUCCAUUUUGUAUUUUUUAAAAAUAUAUAUUAUGUUUUUUUUUAAAA